GAGAGCCUGGCAGCGGAGGAGCAGAGGCGGGCGCCGCACCGCCCCGCACGCUCGCUCGCUCGGGAGACUCGCGGGCGGCCGCUUGGGCGCACUUGCCGGGUCACCUUGUCCCGGAGGAGAAAUGGCUUCCCUGAGACAAGUGUAACCUACAUUCCCAGCCCACCAGCCUGACGCCCAGCCAGGGAGAGAGUACCAUGGAUGGCAUCAUUGAACAGAAGAGCAUGCUGGUGCACAGUAAAAUCAGUGAUGCUGGCAAGAGGAAUGGUUUAAUUAACACCAGAAACUUGAUGGCCGAGAGCAGAGAUGGUCUGGUGUCUGUUUACCCAGCACCCCAGUACCAGAGCCACCGGGUGGGGGCCAGCACAGUGCCGGCCAGCCUGGACAGCAGCAGGAGUGAGCCGAUGCAGCAGCUGCUGGACCCCAACACCCUGCAGCAGUCAGUGGAGUCCCGCUACCGGCCCAACAUCAUCCUCUAUUCAGAGGGCGUGCUGCGCUCCUGGGGGGACGGUGUGGCCGCCGACUGCUGCGAGACCACCUUCAUCGAGGACCGGUCGCCCACCAAAGACAGCCUCGAGUACCCGGAUGGGAAGUUCAUUGACCUCUCAGCUGAUGACAUAAAAAUCCACACCCUGUCCUACGAUGUGGAGGAGGAGGAGGAGUUCCAGGAGCUGGAGAGCGACUACUCAAGCGACACAGAGAGUGAGGACAAUUUCCUCAUGAUGCCCCCACGGGACCACCUGGGCCUCAGUGUCUUCUCCAUGCUCUGCUGCUUCUGGCCUCUGGGCAUCGCAGCCUUCUACUUGUCCCAUGAGGCUUCCUUUGGAGAGACGGCUAGAAGUCCAUGCUGUCCCUGAGCUGUGUCUCCCUUUCCUUCCUGUGCCACCCCUGCUGUGACCUCGCCGGCGCCGGCUCCGGACAGGCUGCUGCUUCCCGAGUCCCUGGAGGCUUCAUCUGAGCCACUCAGUUUCCCUCCCUGGCAGCUCCACGGCAGAGCAAACUUCAUUAGUUCCAGCACUUGCUCAAGGAUUUUCUGUCUCUCCCUUCACUGUCUUGUUUACUUUUCUUACCUUCUGUUUCUACUUUUUUUGGUUUCCAUAAAAAUUGCUUGCACAACUGGUUUGGUCCAGUUCUGCAAUCAGCAUCUGGGCCGCUGCCUGCUGCAGGGCUGAGAGUUGACACAAUCAGAAACAGUGUCCUGCUGGCUGGGGCAUAAUUUAGUUCAGAUGACACUCUGUGGCCAAUGUCGUAUUUUCCCCCAGAUUCUAUUGGAGCCACGCAGAGGAAAAUCUAGUGCAUGUAAAGCUAAUGACAGGUCGAAUACAUCAGGGAUUGCUGAGUCUUGGUUGGAUAAUACAACACAUGGAUGCUUGGCAAGUACCUUCAUUCAUUCCUUCACUCAUUCACUCUUACAGUGAUUCAUUGAACAAAUGUGACUGAGUGGCUGCCCUGUCCCAGGUGCUGUGUUAGGUAGAUUCCACCAGAGAGGAAGAGAGGAGCAAUGGAAAGGGAUGUGUGUGUGCACUUGUGUGGCAUGAUUAAAUAUGGAUUGUGUAAUAUAUAUGAUGAAGCAAACAUGAGUGGCUAUCUAGGCAUAAAGAGGUAGUUGCCCUAAGAGCUGCACAGUGGAAUGUUUCAUGGGAAAGCAUUUCAGAGGAGCUCUGAGCAGCCCCUGAAGCAUGGGCAGGUCCACCAACCACAGGCAGUCUGUACGUGUGCCCAGAGCAGGAUGGGAAGAGGAGGUGGUCAGAGACUGGAGGCUGGGGACAUGUCCAUCCCAUCCCUAAGCACCACCAGCCCUCCAUGCUCAGCCAUAACCUUAACCCCAUAUCCUCUCCUGAAUAUCCCCAGGCUGGAACCAGGGCCCUGGCAUGUGGGUUUAUGAAAACCUUAUUAAUUUGAUGCUCCUCCUUGGAGGCUGGUGCUUCUGGCAUUUGCUGAGCAGGUAGGUAGCCAUGUGGUGGGACCCAGAUGUUCAUAAAACCAAGAACUGCAUGGGAAAGAGAUUGUCCAAAGUCACUGUCAGCUGAAAAAAGUGACAAGGGCCCUGAGAGGGCAGACGAUGUGCUAGGCCCUGAGAAGGAACCAGGAAAUGCUUCCAGGAGGGAUGGAUGGGGCAGGCUUCAUGGAAAAGCAGAGGAGGAUGUGGAACCAGCUAGUUAGCAGGAGGCGGGUGAGUUAGGUGGGUCACUUGCCAGGAACAGGGAACAAUGGAAUGGACCCAGCAGAGAAGUGGUAGACAUAGCAGUGGCAAGAAGGGGGAAUUGGAGCUGGACUUUGGGGGCCUUAAAUGGCAAAUUAAGUACUUUGAGUUUGACCCCAAGAAGGUGAAGCGGCCUUGGGAAGUGGCUUUAAUGGCUGGGGAUGAUGUGAUCAAUACCACGUUCAGGGAUCGGAGUCUUGUGGCCCAGUGGAGUGGGCAUGGGCUGGAGGCGGAGGGUGCACUAAGGGGCAGAGGGAUGUCCCUUGGGGGCAUGAGCUGAGACAGGCUGGGAAUGUGAACGGAGAGGACGAGGUGCUGGUGUGCCUUGCCGUGGCUGAACACGGCCUUGUGGCUUCACUGAAACAUUCCUCAGAGGCAACCGAAGAUUCAGGGAAGAAGCCAUGUCCAUGGGCUUCCAGCACCAGAAGGAUCAACUCUUCAGGCACAUAUGACAACCUACUCUCAGGUCCUUCCUACCAAUUCCUGAUGGGCCACCUAGGGCCAUCUUGGUUUGUUUAAUUUGAGUUCCCUAGCUACUAAAAAAUAAACUGGAUUUUUUAUUUUAUUUUAUUAUUUUAUUUUGUUUUUUGAGAUGGAGUCUCGCUCAGUCGCCCAGGCUGGAGUGCAGUGGCGUGAUCUCCGCUCACUGCAAGCUCUGCCUCCUGGGUUCACGCCAUUCUCCUGCCUCAGCCUCCCGAGUAGCUGGGACCACAGGCACCCGCCAUCAUGCCCAGCUAAUUUUUUGUAUUUUUUUAUUAGAGACAGGGUUUCACCGUGUUAGCCAGGAUGGUCUCAAUCUCCUAACCUCGUGAUCCACCCGCCUCGGCCUCCCAAAGUGCUGGGAUUACAGGUGUGAGCCACCACCCCCGGCCUUUUUUUUUUUUUUUAAUUUGGAUGAUUCAGACUUUCAGUCCUACGAAAGAUUGGAGGCUGAGUAAGUGGACGGUCCUGUCCCCAUGUGGACAAGUGGCCCAGCCACUGCAAGCUGCUGUGUUCUGGAAAAAGGACAAUUUAUAUCCAGGUCUGUAUUCAAAUCCCACUCUGCUGCUUGGGAAGCUCCUGAGAUUCACGGUUCCCCAUCAAAAAAGUGGCAUUGUGAGGGCCAUAAUGGUCUAAGAAGAAAAGAGGAGCUGAGAACAAGCUUGUCACCAUCAGGCACACCCAUCAGCAUUUUCUUCUCUUCUUCCUGAACACCCAGCAGAUCGGACAGCAGCCUCCCCUGCAGCCAGGUGAGUUCUAGCCAAUAGGAUGUAAGCCAGGGAGCACACUUCCCCCUUCUGCAGGCUGGAUCCAGAUGUAGACACUGAGGCCCUAGAGAACAGAGGAGCCACAAGGUGGGAGAAUUCCUGGAAGGGAUCGGAAGAGGGAGGACAGCUACCUGCCAGCCAGGACCUCGCAUUUUCAACUCUUCAGGGAAUAAGCAAUAAACUUCAUACUUGUGACUUUGGACAUUAUGGGGUCCUUUUGCUAUAGGAGCCAGCAUUAACCCAAAGGAGACAGAUCAUGUCAUCUGCAGAACCUCUUCCAAGGCAAGCAGCAUCAGGGAGAUGUGUCUGAACAAAGCAAGGGGAUUCGGGACAGAAGAAUCUUGACCUAGUCAAGUUCAACUAAAAGCACACACUUGGGAAAGGAAGGAAGCCCCGAGAUCACGGCUCUCCCUUAAGACAGAACCUUCCUUCUGCCCAGAACCUUUCAGCAUUGAAGCAAAGCAACAGGCCCAUGCUUGGGAGAUCUAACUCCCCAGAAUAAGUGUCUGACCAUGUGUAAGCCUUAAUCAUCUAAUGUGAUUAGGGUCAACAGCAUGACUUAGCCUAGUGGUGAAAAACUCUGAAAAAGAUUCAGGAAAACCCAGAUGAUCUUGCCUUGCUUUAACUAGGAGAACCAGAACAGCAGGGCAAUUGACGUUAACUACAAGACCCAGGCCCGGCUGUUGUGCUCCUCCUGGGAGCAUCAGGCACUCACCACACCCCCACAUGCCCUGGCCACAUCCACAGAUGCUGCUGCAGACACCACACAUCUGGGCUGGCUCUGCUGCAGUCCCUCUGUAGUGACGCAAGCCAGAAAGAUUCACUUCUGUGUGGAUCUUCCACCUGCAGCAGGGCACCUGUUGCCUGUGGUUUUGAACUUGCUAACUGCAGGUGCAAUGCAACUGCACCAGUGCACGCAGCACAGUGUGAUUCCCGCAAGCCGCCUCUCAACCGUUUUCUCCCUUCCUAGCCCAGUGCCAUGGCCUUCGGCAACACCACAGGGCAGAGGGGUGGGGAUCAGCAACUUCUUAAUCCUGGGGCACAGGCAGGAAAUGUAAGCCAGCCCUGCUCCUGCCUCUACUCCCAAGCAUGAGCUGUGACAGCCCUGAAAUCCCAGUUCAGCCACUCAAUUGCCCUGUGACCUGAGGCAAGAUACUCACCAUCUCUGAGUUUCUCUCCUCCAAAAAGUGGAGAUGAUGCCUGCACCUCCUUCCCAGGUUGCUGGGAUCCUGAGUCCUAGCCCAGUGCUGCCCAGUAUCGUUAGCACCCUUGCCAGGUAUGAGGACUGACAAGUCGUAAAUGAGCUGUGUGAGUCAUUGUUCCUCUGUGAAUCUCAGUUUUUUCCCCUACCUGGUGAUGGAAUAGGUUUGGCCCUGCCUAUCCCUGUUGGUGUUGCUGCAGGAGCAGCUGUAAAACCCAGCAGACCAUUUACUGCCAUGACAGCCUGCCAUCACCCAUCCCUAACCAAGGAAACCCCAGGUGACUCUUGGGAUGUUGCAGGAGGCAGAGGGGCCCAGGUGACUCUCAGUGGCAGCUACAGGAGCCCAGUGCUCCCAGCACUCACUGCCUGAAUCAGAUGUGGGUGCAGAGGAUGGACGUGCAGGGAUGAGGGCUCUGGGCUCAUCGGAGCCUGUGGCCAUGGCAACCUCAUCAGGAGCUCCAUGUGGGAAUGAUUAAGGAAUAUUUGCAUUAAUUAAGAGUCCAAAUAUCUUCCUUUUCCAGGCAGGGACCUGACACACACAUGCCUCUCUCCAGCCUCUAAGUACCCUUGGCUAUGCCUUGGGCAGGCCUGCUGGGUGCUGGAGCGGGUCCUGCAGCAUAAUGAUUCUGGCUCUGCUCUCCAACCUCUCAGAACCUCACUUGCAUUGACGCAUUUCCCUCUACUGUCCCCAGCCUUCUAAGUGAGCCAUCAGCAGCCUCAAGCGCAUCAUCCAUCUGCUUUAUUCACAAAAUAAACCAUCAUUGCUGGGCUGGUUCGGACUCCGCCCUCCCUCUUUGACAUCAUCAUGAACAAUAGUCAUUGUUUUGUUUGAACCAAAAUUGUCUAAUGUUGUACAAAAAUAGAGUCACUUUGAGUCUUCCAAGGACAUGUGACAUCCUGGAAGCUGGAACAAAACCCAAGCCCCAGAGGCAUCCCACAGAUGACCACAGUGAGCCUGGAUGUGCGGGGACCCAGGUGGAGCCCAGGGACUGGGGACAAGAAGGUGGCUUGGAGGAAGAGGAUAGGAGCCCUCCUGCAAACACCCCUGACUCCGCAGUGGGGUCCCACCUGAGAACUCCCCCCAUAGCUUCAGCAGGGCAGUUCUUUGUGGAGACAGUGGGUGCAGAGACCAGCAGGUCAGCCCCAGGGCGAGCAGCAGACCCCAUGGAGAGGAGCCCCUUGCUGGGGGUGGGGGAACUCACUCCCCAUAACGGGCAUGGUGUAGCCCUUCCUUCCUCUAGGCCCCACCUGUGGCUUCUCUCCGCAGAGGUCCAUCCUGCUCUGAGCCUCAGCCACAUAAAACCUCCCUCCACACCCACCAGGAGCCCCAGCUCUGCUGUUGGGCCUGCUCUAGCCGCCUUCUCUUCCAUUUCCUGAAGACAUUGCAGGACCUCCCAUCCCCAUUUCAUGAGCACAGAGGACUGGGGAGAGCAGCCCAGAGUCAAGUGGGUGUGAGUGCCUGCUGCUCAGAUGGGGUCCACACAUGCCGCUCCUUCCUGUUUGUUCCCCCAAAUUCCUGAUUUUCACCUUCCUUGCAGGCUGAGGGUGAGGAACAACCCCCUUCAGAGCCCAGCCCUUAUCAGAGUCCACACCUCCCAGACAGAACGGCUAAGAAGGCACACAGCCCCCAGCAAGUCAGACCUGGAAGCAUACUCACUGCUGGAGGCCUGGGGUCCUUGGUACAGGGGAGCUCCCCUGGUUAAGGGAAAUCUUAGCCCUUGUCUGGGCCCAGCUGUACGACCAAGGCUGGUAUCCAGGCCCUUAGCUUGGACACUGGCAGCGCUGCCCACCUCCCUGAUUUCUUUGUCCCCUGCUGUUGGCUGGGUUCCUGGUCUGAAUGAUCUGAGUAACCCACAGCAGCAUGGCCGCUAUCUGUUGCCAAAAUCCAUUUCAUCCAAUGCCCAGAACCUCCUGCUGUCCCAGUCCACCCCUGGAUAUUGACAAGGCCUGGGUGGGCCAAGGACCUUCCACGACACCCUGCAUUUGUGGGCUGGCCAGCUUCCUGGGGAACCGUCCUCCCUGGGACCCUCCCCAGUCUCAGCAUGUUCAGUUCCCACUGGCUCUCCUGGGACAGUAACUUGUCCCUGUGCAUGUAGCUUGCAUCACCCUCGAUAUCACCUUCCUAAAGUGGUGGCCUGGACAAUGAAUUUCUAAAGACAAUGACACCAAAAUAUGUCAUCUAUCCCCUGUGUUCCUCUCAUGAUAUGAUGUUGACCUGCCUCUGUUUGAGGGGUGUCUAUGUCCUCUGAAUCUAAGUGGACCUUGGAAACCACUCCAACCAAUAGAUCCAGGGAAGUCACACUAUGUGGCUUCUGGAACCAAGUUGCUUCUCUCCUGGGUCCCGUGCCUCCUGGAGCCCAGGGCUACCACGAGGGACAUUGCCAUGCAGGAGGCCAUAUGAAGAGAGCACAGGGAGCCUCGGAUGCCCACAGUGCCCAGCUGGUCAAGCCUUCCUGCUGCAGCCCCGGGUGUCCUGGAGCUAAGACAAGCCCUCACACGGUGCUCGGCCCAUGUCUCCAACCCACACACCAAGAGAGCAGUACAUAUGAUUUUGCAAAGCAUUGAAGUUUGGGGUAGUUUGUUAUGCAGCCAUAGUGACUAAAACAAUCUGUGUUUCUCCAAGAAUAUCUUUGCUUGGGCUUGUAGCCUGUGGGAAGCCCUGGGUGUAAGCUAGGAUGUGAUUAUGCUCAAUUAUAACAUGAGAGGAGGUGGCAGUUCACUGCUCUUCAGUGGCUCCGUUCGUCCUUGUUCUUUCACAUCUCUUAAUCCAAAGGCAGCUGAGGCUUUUUCUCUGGGUCACCUUAGAGUCCUCCAUUGUCAGUAACAGCAAAAAGGCAAGUGUGCAAGAGCUGAACUAGAAAUGCCUGGUAUUACAUCCCUGGCCUGUGCAGAUAGUGGGAGUAGGCCUGCACAAACGUGCUCUCCCCACAGAAUCGCCUCAAGGAGGGGUAACAGAUGCCAGCCUGCCACAGCAGCCAAGCACAGGAGACACCAAGGAGCCAGCAUGUGCCCAGGCCCCUGGAUCUCCUACUGCACACUCCAUAAGGACUUCUGGAUUUGGGCCAUGUUUCCAGAAAGCAGCAUAGUAGUACCUGAGAGUGAAGAAAGACAUGGCCAAGGUCUAGUCAUGAUUUUAAACAAGUUAUAAAUGAAUCACGGUGCAUCCAUCCACUGGCAGACCGUCCCGCAGAGCUAUAUGUGCAUGUUUGCCUCUAGAAAGCUGUCUGACACUAGCAGUGAAGGAACACUGAGGCUGCAAAAUGUCAUGUCACCUUAUAUUUCAUGUAUGCACACACACUCACACACACAUAUGCUAUUAAGAAGAGAAUGGUUGUAAAGAAAUAUGUGCUAAAUGAUUAGUGGUGAUUCAUUCUCUCCAGGAAAAAAUUAUACAGAAAUUCUUCUUUUGAUAUACUGUAUUUAAAGCUGGGAUUUAAAAAAAGAUAUUAAAAGACUUUUAGAAAGAAAAUCUGCUGCGCAGGUAAUUUUGCAGCAGCACUGGGGCUCUCAGGAGGUGGGGGGCUGCUCUCCUCCCGAGUCUUGAAGUGCAGU